AUGGUCGAUCGUAAUUCUGAUGAUAAACCUAUAGAAUACUGGAUAAGUCGCUCUACUGAUCCAUUUAUCGAUGAAGAAACUCGAAAGCAAAAUGUUCAGAAGCUUUGUGAUCGCGUGAAUUACGAGGCUGAUGGAGCAUCUGUAGCCACAGGUAUCCUCGGACACAAAAUAGUCAGCCCGGAUCAGGAUGAAGCACUUUACUCCCUACAGGCUGUUGACCAGUUAGUACGCAAAUGCGGAGAGAAAGUGCACAAUCGAGUGGGAAAAUUUCGUUUUUUAAAUCAACUCGUCAAGCUGAUCACUCCGAAGUAUUUAGGAGCACAAACUUCUCCCGAGGUCAAGGAACUGGCAAUAAAAUUACUGUAUUCUUGGCAAAAAUCGAUGCGACAUGUGGAAAAAUUCAAAGAGGUUUACGAUUCACUAAGAGAGCAUCACUUGAUCACGGCCGAUCCUGUCAUUCCUGAAGAAGAGAUAAUGGUUGUCCAAUCAUAUCCCCCCAAACUAGCGCCAUUCGAGGAUGAGGAAAAAGCUCGCAUACUGAAGGAACUGCUCAAAAGUACAAAUCCUGAUGAUCUGCAAGCAGCAAAUCGCCUUAUCCAAACGCUUGUAAAAAGUGAAGACCAGAAGAUAGAGCGAAGGCAUAAAAGAGCCGACGAGCUGGAGCAGGCUCGACAGCUAUGCAGACGAUUGGAGGAGGCCAUGAUGGAUAAAACAGCCGAAGAAUUAGGAAUCACUGCCAAUGUUAUAUACUCUGAAGCCAAAAUGAAGACCCUGGCGAAUGAGCUAAUGGCUGUAAGACCACAUUUGUUUCGAUUUGCAAGCGAUGCUACAGAAAGUGACGAGGAUGCCUUGGCUGAGAUUCUCGCCGUCAAUGAUCAGGUGAGAUUUUCAAAUGCUGUGUCCUCAACCGUCUAA